AUGGACCUCCGUUCAAUCAUCAAUACGGAAAAUGGUGAAGGGGCUCGAUCGAAACAAAAUGCGCCGACGCCAGUUACUCCAAUUCAGACGGGUCCCCCCUUAGGACAAGGACAACAAAUCUACAGGAAUUAUAGUCAUUCGUCGCAAGUCUCGCCAGGUCCGGGCAAACAUGGCUCACAAUCACAAGAGUACGGUUCACAAAAUGGUGGGCCUUAUGCAUCGCCAACUACCUAUCAAUCAACUCAUCUAAAUCGACCGCCUCCUCCUACUCCCAUUCAAGCUCCUCCUCCGAAUGACCUUCGUUCUCCAACGGAUUCUUAUUCGGCCCCCUCACCUUAUCGGCAUACUUCCACUUCUUCAAUAAGCAUUGCCGGGAGUGGUCAAUACCCGUUCCCGCAAAGUCUUCAAAAUCCCCAAAGUCCUGCUCAACGUCAUCAAUAUCCUCCUCCAACUUUUCAUCAACCUCAGAGAGAAAGUUAUUCGCAGUCUAAUCCACCUCUUCAUUUACAACAACAACAAUAUAAUUCACACGUUCAACCAUCGCCAGUUCCACAAACACCUCCGAUUGGGAUACCAGGGGCGAGUAAUCCCUAUUUUCAACAUCAAAGAUCACAAUCUUCACUUUCGAAUUCUACACCCACGUCAGCGCACAGUCAGCAGCAGCAGUAUCAAAAUCAAUUCACUCAAGAUAGUCCUAUACACACAAUUCAAUUACCGCAAACUCAAUUUCCAAUACAACAUCAACGCCAACAAUCUCACCACUCUCAACCUGGAACUCCUUUAGGUCCUCCUUUACAAACACAACGCCAAUCAUCCGGCGCAUUCAUACAACCGACUAGUCCUUAUCAGCAACGAGCAGUACCCACGAAUCCUUUCAACAGUACUCAAUACAAUCAAAUCUCUCCUGCGCCAGCGAACGCUUCGAUUCCACCUCGAAUGCCAACGACUCCACAAAGUGCUUGCGACUCUCAAAGAACCUCAACAAGCUCCACGCAACAGAGAUCUUUGAUUGAAAGAGAAAGAAGCCUUAGUGUCAGCCCUAAAACGCGUUUACCUAGUCAGACGAGAGGAAAUUCAAUGGUUCAGCAGCAGCCGGAAGAAUUCAAUAAUUCUACCAAGCGUAAAUUGGAAGAUCGGGAAAUGUCUUUUGAAGCGCCUCAACGAAUUGAGCAAUAUGAAGUUAAACCACAAAUGAACGACGAUCAUCGAUCUAGCUCUACCGCUGCUCCUUCUCCUCAACAACCACCACCCAGAAAGAAGAUUCGUUAUACUGAGCCACCAAUAUGGGCCCGAAGUGCCAAGGGGGUAAAGGGUCUAGGCCGUAAGAAUAUCAACGGCAGACAACACACUCCUCAGCCAUCCGCGCAAAGUCUACCAGCUACAUUGAUCAAGCAAGAAAGCAAUGGUAUGCGUCAGCCAUCACCAGCAGUUCCUCGACCUGUUACAGGAAAUGAUUAUGAUUGGGAUGGUCCUCUUGGUCCAUGGGAGCCGAGUAUAUCUGGCACAAAGCCACCUGCGGAGAUAACGAGACUAGUGGCAGACUUCCUUUACAUGCACGUUGUUAAUCGAGAAGAUACCGGAGAAUUAGCCAGUCAUGGUGUGGAAAUUGAGAUUGAAGCAAAGUUAGGACAACUUGUCAGCAAAGAGACGAAUGUGAGAUUGAGUCUGCCUGUUCGAUCGGAAACAGUACUUUUGGAUAAUCAGUUUGUUGCCUUCAAAAGUACAAUGACAGAGGCUCAACAUAGAGGAUUGAACGAAUUUUUAAAUAAAAAAGUCCAGGAAUGUAUGCCAAGUAAUGGUCAGUCGAAACGGCGUGUUAAGAUUGACUACUUACAUCGACGUGAGACGGACAAGUUUUAUGAGCUUCCUUCGUCAAUGCAUAGCACUUUACCUCCUGCUCUACGGGCUUUACUUAACCCACGUUAUUCUGUUAAAGUUCGUGUUACACAUGAUCAGAAGACGGGUGAACCUCUGGCCAAGAUUAUCAAAGCUCGAGUAGCAGAUUUAGAUCUCUACUUCCCAAGUCAAGCACUCGAUUGUCGAAUUAGUAUAAACUUUGAAAUGAAGUUUGAUGGGAACGUAGAAGAACUCAUUGUUUCAGGUGAUGGAGCUCAAAGACCGGAUCGUAACAAGGAUCGUUUGAGUUACAGGCAAUCGCAUUAUCAAGUGGACCUCACUCAAGUCACUCAAAACUUGGUAUCAAAUGGUGUAUCUCGAACUGAAAAGGAACACGAGCUUGAAAUCGAACUCUCAGCAGCAGCUGUUACUGAUCAAGGUCUCAAAGCUAGACAUGGCGAACCAAACGAUUAUUUCAAACUGGUUGAUGGUUUCAUAGAUAAUGUUCGAUUAUUGGCCAGAACAGCUAUACCCGUUUAG